GAAGAAAAGAGAGAGAAAAAAAAGAAGCCUUCGAAACAAAGGACUGCAAAAGUUUUUCCUGUAAAGCCAGUUCAUGGAGACCAUGCAGACAAGCAGAGCUUUUGGUUAAAGAGGCAAAAGAGUUAUGUCUGAGCUUCCCCAAAGUUCAGCAAAGAAAAUGAUGAUGAUAAUUUGUUCAAAAGUUUCCUACUCUGUGUUUACAAACGGACUCAUACCGUCAGCAUUAUCUGCUGUCUCACAUCAGAAAGAGGAAAAGCUGGAUCCCCCCUCGUAUUCCCCAGGGGUCUCUCUCUCUAACCCCGACCCCAUGUUUUAGUCCCGCCCUCAAUCCAAGCAACUAUCUACAUGUAAAAAGCCACAAGUCACGGAAACCCUUAAUUGUGCCAAAAUAAGGCUGAGCGCACUUAUUCAAGCUGGAAAUAAAGGAUGCUUCUGAAGAAAGACAGUCGGACAAGGAAAUGGGAUUUACUUUGGAAAAUGUACAUUAUUCAAACGUUGCUCUAGUGUGUGUUGGGCUGAAACACUUGGGAGUUUUCAUCUCAAACUUUGAGCUCUUUCCAAAUGCAUGGAUGGACACUAAGAGAAGCAAACAUGCGCAAAGUUCCGGGGAUAUAACUCUGUUUUCGUAAACAAUCUCAUCUGUUGUUCCUGAAUUUUUUGUCCUCCUCUUCGGAAAACACUGCCAAGCAAAUUUUGUGGUUAAAUGGGGGCAUUGUAAGUUGUUUUCAGGGGGGUAAAGGCAACCACGGAAAACGAAGGAGAAGAAAAGAGGACUAUUUAUCAAUGAACUGAGAGAAUAGUAAGAAAGACAAGUGGGAGGACAGGCAUCGCAAUGGCUGAAAGGGAGAUUGAAAGAAAAGGGCCUGCUCACAGAAGCGUCUCUUUCAAAAAGUUGGAGAGUUGGAGUGCAAAGCGCAGAUCACUUGGAGAGGAUUUGGAUAGGUGCGGUGCCCUUCCCCCAGACGCCGUAGAGCCCAGCGCGCAGCCAUCACAAGCGACGCACGCUGUUACUGUAUCCAGAAAAGUUUCCAAAAUCUCAGCGGCCAGCCUCUCGACCGCAGACCUCAAGAAAGCCUCUCAUGGAAUAUCUCCAUCGGUUCGUCAGCUCUCUGAGAAGUUCAGUUCGAGCACAGGCGGGACACAGAGCUCAUUAGUCAACACUGGAAGCGUUGAAAACACAAAAAGUAUCGAAGAUUCGUCUUUGAGCGAGAGUGGCUGCUUAUCCAAGGAGUUCUCGGAGUCUGCGACGGAGAAACUUAAGGACAGUAACAGAUAUUGCUCGGCUCACGAGUCUGUGUCAGGGUCGGAUUCGGACAGAGGAGAUAAACACAGGCUCCUGAAAACUCUGGGUGUCACAAGCACAGGGAGCCCAACAUGCAAAUCUCAUCGCUAUCACCCUUCCUAUGGAGAGACAUCUAUUCAUAUUGAUGCAAACUGGCCAAGCGUUUCUAAGAUUAGAGAAUUAUUUGGGGAUGGACGCAGAAAGCAACAUCGGUCAACUUCAGAUGCUGAUGACUUGAAAUCUGCAUGUCAAAACUUCCAGCAUUUCGACGCUAAAGAGGGCUUCUCAACUCCAGACAAAAGUGACAAACAGUUCCCCCACCAGCCAAGGGGAGCCUGGCAAGACACAAACUGCUCUCAUCAUGACAACAGUACAUUGUCAAUCCCUAACCUCCAUACUUUAGCUGCUGAAAGCCAUUCCUUUGAGUUUUUUAAUUGUGAUUCUCCUCCUGCACCCCCACCGCGCAGUAGAACGACCACUUUGCCCCUCAGGUCUCACCGUUGGCAGCUGCAGGAGCAGAGACAGAGGGCAGAGCAGCCACAGCCACUGGAUAGCUCGCAUUCCUCACAUAACUCCUCCCAACCACAGACAGGGCCCUCCGUGGAACUAGCCGGCACUGGGAGAAGACUGAGCUCUGGAGAAGAGGACGAGAAGUUCAGAGAACGGACAGGCAAUCGUUUCCCACAAAACAAGUAUGGCAUCAGGGUUAAGUUGAGAGGAAGGUCUUCAGGCAGUGAGGAGGACAGCCCUGCUGCAGCGCUAGCACACCACAACAAGGACGUAAGACGUCGCUCGCUAAGGAAAAAGAAGAAAAGCAAUUGCAGCAGAGGCAAUGAAGAGUCAGAUGACAGUGACAACCAACCUGUAAUGAUGGAGCCGUGUGAUUCUCAAACGGUGGGCCGCAGGAUUGAGGGUUUCCGUUCUAGGGGUUGUUAUACGGACAUGCCAUGGGCACGAGACAGCACAUCGCAACGAUCCCAUGUGACUAAGGACAGCUUUAGGCACCUAUAUAGAAAUUUCGAGGGGUCAGUCAGAACUAGCCCUGUUCCUCAGGUGUCGCGGGUUUCAAAAGUCACCAUACCCUCAUUUGCAUCCAGUCCAUUGGGGUCAAGAAGUAAUAGCAGGUAUUCUAGCACAGAGGCGUUAAAAGAAGAGGAUCAGCCAGCCAACAUUCACAGCUAUGGCAGGGCUUCAUCAGCUGUUCUGAGUAAAACAUACCAUGGCAAUGCCACAGUGUACCGCUCGCCUAGUUUUGGCCAUGGAGAUAACUUUUCUCGCGGCCCAGUUCGAGCUCACCCUAAGCUUGUGACCAGCUUAAGCCCAGCAGAAUAUAAAAAAAGCAGUACAGACAACAGGGUAUUCAGCCCCUCCUUAAAUAAUGAGAAAGACAGGAACAGGAUCUCUAUAUCCAACCCUGACAUUGCCUCUGAAACUUUAUCACUUCUUAGCUACCUUAAGACCGAUCUAUCUGAGUUGAGAAUGAAGAAAAAGGGACAGGAUGACGAGGACAGUCUUAACUCUGAUCAAGGCACAUCUGUGUACAGAAUGGGCUCCAGGACAAAUAGGCCGCACCAUGGACGUCCUUCCCUGAAGGAUCUCACUGCUACUUUGAGGAGGGCAAAGUCUUUCUCUUACUCUGAGAAGCCAGCAGGGCAGCAAUAUUAUGGUAGUGGGCCAAGUUUAAGGAGUUCCUCCGAGCAACGGCUAGACUCUGAAGAUAGUGGCGAGCAGGUGUUGAUUGCUGACAGGGAGGUGGAGAGCGACGACUGUAGAUGUACCUAUGGUUACGACGAGCCAAUGCCUACCCCUCUACAAGAUCGCUACGUACAGGAAGCCAGACAGGUGAUAAGAGACAUUUGUCAGAUGGGUGAAAGUAAGGAUGAUGAUUAUGAGGAAGACUGUUUCAAGACAAAAAGCAGUGAUGCUAAAAUAGACACUGAAAAAGCAGAUAAGGCAAAGCAGGAGGUGAGGAGACUUGAACACUCUGAUUUUAGUGGGUGUAAGGAAGGGGAGGCUGAUGGAAAAAGUGGAAAAUGUUUACAGAAGGGAAAUUCAGAGGAGAACGUGUUCUGUGAUAAGUCACUGGAUGAACUCUCCGGCCAUGAAUCUAGCCUGACAGAUGAAGGAAUUGUCACAGAGCCAGAGACUGGCUCAUAUGGGGGGAUAUCCUGUGGUAAAGACUUGCUGGGUCAGACUCCCACCGUUUGGAAUCAGUCAGGGUUGUACGAAGAGCAGUUGCCUGAUACAACACCAGAGGAAUCUCUUUCAUCUCAAGUUCCGUCUGUUAAGAUGGAGUAUGAGGGAGUAGCCAUAGGAGGAGACAUUAGCAGCAGUAAAAAUGUAAACCAGGGGGCCUUGGAGGCUCCGUCUACUCCUAGUGCUAUUCGUAGGCGAAGGAAAUUCUCCUCAGCUGGAAACAACGGCUCAGACUCCAGCAGUAACGGAGAGUCUAAUGGUGAGUCUGCAUUCCGUUCCUUGAGUGAUCCUAUGCCUCAUAGACGUCGGUCAGAUGCAGAGGAUGGCGGAAAGAGCUUCUCCAUGGACAGCAACCUGCUUGGUUCACUCUCUCUAAGUUCUAAGGUGGGUGUUGGUGUGGAGACUUCUGCAGCAGAUCUUUCUGAAUAUACAGGCAGUGCUGCCAGUGACCUUUCCGUGUGUAGCGACAGCCUAAGAGAUUACAGUACUGUGAUUCAGAGCAUUGUUUGUGAACCUGGCGCAAUGGACAAUCUUAUUGAUGAGAAGGCGAAUGGCAAGGCUGUGAAGAAAAAGAGCUUUAGCGACCCCAGCAGACGUGGAGAACUGGCAGAUACUGUCCUAGAAUUUCAAAAGCAUCCCAGCGAGCCAAUUAGUGAACUAGAACAAUCCAUAGCACCUUCCAGCAGUGAGCCCAUCUUAUCCGAGCAAAGAGACGAGCUUUGGGCGCUCAAUAGCGAACAACGACCUUAUUGUCCAAGCAGAAGUUCUCAUUCUCAAUCUGAGCAUGUUUUGCCCUCCCACCUUGGUCAUAAUGGAGAAACAAAAGCCCCAGGUGAGCCCUCAUUUCCUUUUGACCCUAAGCUAGCUCAGGUUUUGUCUCCUCGCACCAGUCGCAGAAGCCCCAAGAAACGCACAAACCGCUUUACCCAUCAGUUGUCUUGUGAUGACGGGGAUCACUUAGAUGAACAAGGUGACGAGCAGUCUUCUGCAUCCAUCCUCCCCCAGCUUCCAGCCUCAAAAGUCAAACCCAAACACGUGCGUCAUGCCAGUGAACCUGCCACAUUUGUGCCCAUUAUUCCUUCACAUGCCCACAUCUCCCAGGACAUCCACAGGUCUAGCCAUGUCGGAGAGUCUUCAACACCCAACAGAACAGUCCCGGGGGAGGAAACUCCAUCAUUAGAGGACGUCACUGAGCAAUACAUCUUGACCUUGAACUCUCCAGAGUGCCCGGCAGAGACCCCAGGAGCUACUGGUGGGGUUAUUCUGGACAGCACCACUUCCACACCUUCAGUUCCUACCACCAUUGCUGAGCCAAAACUAGAGAGGAAGUCCAGUGAGGAACUUUCCACUGCCUCUCUGAAGGCCAAGCCGAGAGUGGAUAUGAGAAGACAUGUGAUCAUGACUCUGCUGGACACUGAACAAUCAUACGUUGAGUCUCUUCGCACACUCAUUCAGGGCUACAUGAAGCCUCUCAAGCACCCGGAAAACUCGCCUCUCUGUGACCCGUCUCUGGUGGACGAGAUGUUCUACCAGAUCCCUGAGAUUCUGGAGCAUCACGAGCAGUUCCUGGAGCAGGUGCUGGACUGUGUCAACCAGUGGGCACGAGCAAGGCCAGACGAUCGGUGAUAACAGGUGCUCAUCCAGUCGUUUUCCAAAGAGAUCCUCGCCAAUAUUUAUUCAGCGUACAUCGACAACUUCAUGAACGCCAAAGAUGCAGUGAGAAUCGCCAAGGAGGCCAAGCCUGCUUUCCUGAAGUUUCUAGAGCAAAGCAUGCGUGAGAAUAAAGAGAAACAAGCUCUGGGUGAUCUGAUGAUAAAGCCGGUGCAGCGGAUCCCACGAUACGAGCUGCUAGUUAAGGAUCUUCUGAAGCACACUGCUGAAGAUCACCCUGACUACACGUUUCUGCUGGACGCCCAGAAGAACAUCAAGCGAUUGGCUGAGAGGAUCAACAAGGGCCGGCGCACCGCGGAGGAGCUGGAGAAAGAGUGUUCAUGCAGUGAAAAACUUGGCAUCGAGGGCGUGGAGCAUAUCCUGAAUCCACAGAGGAAGUUUCUAAGACAAGAGAUGGUGGUGGAAGCGAAAACGGUGGGUGGUAAGAAGGACCGGUCUCUGUUUCUGUUCAGCGAUCUGCUCAUCUGCACCACGCUGAAGAGGAAGUCUGGAUCUCUGCGCAGGAGCUCCAUGAGUCUAUACUCCGCUGCUAGUGUCAUUGACACCUCGAGUAAAUAUAAGUUCCUGUGGAAACUGCCCUUAGAAGACAUUGAGGUGGUUAAAGGUUCUAAUCAAGCCACUAACAGAGAAAACAUCCAGAAAACCAUCAGCCGUCUGGAUGAAGAUCUCAGCACGCUUGGCCAAAUAAGCAAACUGUCAGAAACACUCAGUUUCCCUCAUCAGAGUCUAGACGAUGUGAUAAAGGAUCUGAUGGCGUCGGUUCACCGGGAGCUGGCCGAGAAGCAGUCUCUGGCCUUCAGCAUGACGUUACUGCCCACUAAACUAGAGCUGACCAGCACUUCAGCAGAGACCACCUUCAUCUUUGAGUUCAGCAGCCCUGAUACCCGCAGUAACUUCGAGCAGGCCUUUGAGGAGGCUAAGAAAAAGCUCGCCAUGAACAAAGACCAGUGGGACCCUGAGUUCCUGAAGGCCAUUCCCAUCAUGAAGACCCGCAGCGGGAUGCAGUUCUCCUGCGCCUCCCCCAGUCACAGCUGUCCAGAGAACACGUAUGAGGUGUGGGUGUGUAACAGCGACGGGUACGUGGGUCAGGUGUGUCUGCUGAACAUCCGAGACGAGCCCACGGUGGAGGCCUGCAUCGCCGUCUGCUCCGCUCGCAUCAUCUGCAUCGCAGCCGUGCCGGGCCUGAAGAACAGAGAACGUGUGGGUCAUUCCACCCCCUCCGCCCCGUCUGAGUCAAACCCUGCAGCGUCUGCACAACCCCAGCUCCACAUCUGCAUCUCCGGCUCGUCUCUGGAGCUCAGCGAGCCGCCCGCGGUCCCCGCCGCAGAGCUCGUGCCCUUCGAUAGCGACGACACCGAUGAUGAAGACUCUCCCAGCCCUUCAUCCACACUGCAGAGCCAAGCCUCUCAUUCCACCAUCUCAUCCAGCUUCGGCAAUGAUGAAGCAGCUGUUUCAAAGGACAUGGCCACCGAGACCACCAGCUCCGAAGAGGAACAGGAGUUUCCCGUCCCGAGCACAUUCGGGGCCCCUCGGCUCAGUGCGGACAGUCCCAUGGACGGCCGAGCCAUGCGGCGGUCCAGUCGAGGCUCCUUCACCCGUGCCAGUCUGGAGGACCUGCUGAGCAUCGACCCCGAGGCGUAUCAGAGCUCUGUCUGGCUCGGGACCGAGGAUGGCUGUAUUCAUGUGUACCAGUCGUCAGACAACAUCAGAAACAGGAAGAACAGUAUGAAGAUGCAGCACUCUGCUUCUAUCCUGUUUAUCCUGUAUCUUGACAACAAAGUGUUUGUGUCCCUGGCGAACGGGGAGGUGAUUGUUUAUCAGAGGGAGGCAGGAAGUUUCUGGGAUCCUCAGAGCUCUCAAACGCUGUGUCUGGGCUCUCCAACUGGACCCGUGACCAAAAUGGUUCCUGUGGCUGGAAAACUGUGGUGUGGCUGUCAGAACCGAGUCCUUAUCAUCAACACCAGCACUUUAGCACAAGAGCACUCGUUCCAGGUGGGUCAGGACAGCGGGCGCUGCGUGACCAGUAUCGUGAGCUGUGGUAAAGGCGUGUGGAUCGCUCUGCAGGGCAGCGCUCAGGUGCGGCUCUAUCACGCCUCCACAUACGAGAGCCUGACCGAGGUCGACGUGGCACCAGCCGUGCACAAGAUGCUUGCAGGCUCUGAUGCUAUUAUCCGGCAGCACAAAGCAGCAUGUUUGCGGAUCACAGCUCUUCUGGCAUGUAAGGACCUGCUGUGGAUCGGCACCAGUGCAGGGGUGGUCCUGACUCUGGCCAUCCCGCCCGUGUCCUCCAGCACUGGGCCGGGCUCGCUGCGUGCUCCCCUCUUCCCCAUGGGCUCCGCCCACGGACACACCGGACACGUCCGCUUCCUCACGUGCAUUGAGCUGCCAGAGGGCUUUGACGUCAACUUCCCACCGCCGUCCGAAUCAGUGAACUCAGCACAGAACAGCUCAGAGAGCAGCAGUGGAGGCCUGCAGAGACGAGACUCCUCCCGACGGCGCGCCUCCAUCCUCCUGCCUGCCAAAUCCAACCUGCUGGUCAUCAGCGGCGGCGACGGCUAUGAAGACUUCAGACUGACCAAUAGCAGCGAGACGGUGGGGCGGGACGACAGCACCAACCACUUACUGCUGUGGCGCGUGUAGCAGAAGCCCCGCCCCCUCGACAGACAAGCCGCUGGACCAGCCCACGCACUUCCCCCUGAAACCCCGCCCCUUCCUGUUCUCUGAUGCGUUGUGCACGAGCAUGUAAGAUGUCAACCAAUGGGGUGUUUGUUUUUCGUUAUGUUGUGUCAUGGGUCAUUUCGUUUUCUCGGUGUAAAAUAUCUCGCUUGCCAUGUGGUGUUUCCUCUGGCUGCUUUUGAAUGUUGUGUUGAAACUUAAAAAAAAAAAAAAGCGGACGAAAUUGUCAUUACCUUGAAGAAGAAAAGAGAAAAAGCAGGAAAAGGUUAAGUAAAAAAGAAAGGAAGCAAGAAUUGUUGGAUAGAGAGAGGGUUUGAAUGCAUCACAUGAGGCAGGGAGGAUUGUGGGUAAUGUGGAUGGACGUACAAAGUGGAAAGACAAGUUUUUCAUCCUUCACUUCAUCAGUCUGCACACUUUUAUGGUCAACUACUGGUCUUGACAGACUGUGAUUUCAUUGGAGAAUGAAGAUGUUUUUGUUAAAGUGAGAUGAGAGUUAAUCUUAUGUAACCAAUGUGCAAUAUAAGGCUUGAGUACCUACAAACCGCUAUAUGACACACACACUUUACUACUUCAGUAAUCAACAAACUCACAGUCAGAGUUAUUACACAUUAUCACUUUAUUCUUUUGGUUAUCGAAUCAUUUUUAUGUAUAAAAAAGAUAAGACUUCACUAUGUUAUAUAAAAGAACAGCAAGGACAUAUACAGUAUAUAGGUAUUGUGACAAAAAACCUUUUGUACAGUAUUUAUGUUUUUUCAUUUUUAGUUAAGUCUUUUUUUUAUAGCACUUAAUUUAUAAAUAAAGUAGUCUGGCGUUUUUCUCUACUGAAAGAUUUUGACGCUCAACUCAAGUUGGGUCAGUGAGGUUGCAUUUGCAUUUGUAUUUGCAUUUUUGAAAAAUUAUUCUCACAAAGAAACAUCCAGGUCAUAUUUCACCCCAAAAUAAAAAUAAGUUUUAUUUGCAUAAAGAAAAUAAAUCAUAUUUUUUUAGCACUAUUUUUUUUUUUUUUUUUUUUUGCAACGUCCUUAUUUUCAUUGUAAUUAAAAUUGUGAUACAAAAACAAUCUCAUACACAUUACUGAAAUACAUUUUUACUCUUCCAAUUUUAUUUUUCUGAUUAAAUGUAACCAACAAAUACUGUGGUAUGGAAGCUUGUUUCCACCAUUGACUUAAAAAAAAAAAAACAAAAAAAAAACAAUAAAAGAUCAUUGUGAGUGAUUUUGCAAUUGUGACAUUUUUCUCAGAAUUGUAAGAUAUAAACUUGCAAUUGCAAGCUGAAGUCCAAAUCUGAGGAAAACAACUCUUUGUUCUUACAAUUUCUUAAAAUUCUUAAAAUGUUAAACUCUUAAAGAGUUUCUCACAAUUCUGACUUUAUAACUCCAUAAUAUAAGUUUAUUUCAUGCAAUUCUGACAACAAAUCCAGGAUUGCAAGAUGUAAACUCAAAGUCAGAAUUGUGAAAUAAAAAGAUGCAAAUCAACUAUUUUUUUUUUUUUAAUCCCGUGGUGGAAACGGGCUUCCAUACUAUGGCUUGUAUUUUACAAAUGUACUG